AUGUCGGCGCCAUCCUCGACGGCAGCACCGCCCAAGAACUGGCCCAGCUCCGUGACAUAUCUCACAAAACCUCACAUCCCACCACAUCUGGCGGCCUCUGCAAUCCAAAUCUCCACACCAGGGCCAUACGUCACCAUCACACCACUCCCAAAAACACCCAGCACACUGGUCCGCAUCACUCCCAUAACCACACCGUGCCACCCGGCGCACGGCCAAGCCGGGCUGUUCGCAUCGACCGCGCUGGGCCCCGACUCAUUCAUCCUGUUCUACCUGGGCGCCGUGCACGACAGCAGCACGACAGAUCCGACAUCGGACUACGACCUCAGCCUCGACCGCGAGCUGGACCUGUCCGUCGACGCGACGCGGUACGGCAACGAAGCGCGCUUCAUCAACGACUACCGCGGCGUCAGGGCCGAGGGACCGAAUGCCGAGUUCCGCGACUGUGUCGUGCAAGUUGCGACGGGUCGGUGGGAGAGGCGUAUUGGCGUUUUCGUCUUGAGUAGAGGGAGGGGAAAGGGCGGGAGAGCACUGGGGAUCAAGAAGGGAGAGGAGAUUGUGGUUAGUUAUGGGAAGGGGUUCUGGGAUGCGAGGAGGGUAGAGGCUGAUGUUGGUGCUGUCGCUGAUGGAGUCAGUUAG